UCCAUAUCUCCAUCCAUGUCCGACUCCGCCUCCGCCCCCGCCGACAAGUCUGUCCAAGUCAAGCUCGUCCUGCUGGGCGAGGCUGCUGUGGGCAAGUCCUCGGUCGUGCUCCGUUUCGUCUCGAACGACUUCCAAGCAAACAAGGAACCCACGAUCGGCGCCGCCUUCCUGACCCAGAAAUGCCGGCUCGAAGACCGCGUCCUACGCUACGAGAUCUGGGAUACCGCCGGCCAAGAACGCUUCCACUCGCUCGCGCCCAUGUACUACCGCAACGCGCAAGCCGCCGUGGUCGUCUACGACGUCACCAAAGCGUCCAGCCUCGAAAAGGCCAAAUCGUGGGUCAAGGAGCUCCAGCGGCAGGCGAACCCGAACAUCGUCAUCGCCCUCGCCGGUAACAAGGUCGACCUCGUCCAGCAGCCCUCGUCCUCCACGCCCGCCGCCGACGCCGAGGAAGACGAGGCGGACGACGCGACGGCCACGCCCGACGCCGACGCCGACGCCGAGUCUUCGUCGCCCGAGAGCCUGCGGCAGGUCCCCGCCGACGAGGCGCAGGCGUACGCCGCCGAGGCCGGCCUGCUCUUCUUCGAGACGUCCGCCAAGACGGGCGAGGGCGUCGUCGAGAUGUUCACCGAGAUCGCGAAGAAGAUACCGAUCGAGCACAUCCUCGCCUCCUCGCGCGGCGCGGGGCGACCCGGCGCACAGGGCGCACGCACCGGCGCCGCGCGACAAGAGGGCGGCGUCAACCUCGAGGAGAACCAGACCAAGGGCAAGGACGCGUGCAACUGCUGAAUCCUUUUUUCUUCCGUGUGUUGCCGCAUCGUUCCCACUACAUACAUGCCUCUGUUUGUUUGGUUUUGUGUUUUUUUUUCCUCGUACGACCUCGCGACGAUCUUUCCUCCCUCCCUCCCCCGCACACGGAGCGUGCUCUUUGUUAUUAGACCCUUGUUGCUAAACUACUUGAAACCACGGGUUUUUUUGUCCCUCUGUGCGCGCCUCCUGCCUCCCUCCUCCCUACACGUCUACCCGCGGCCCUAUACCUGUAUUAUCCUUACAUACAUACAUAUUCUGUUACUACCUGGACCUUCCCUUGCAUCUACGUCCCGACGUCCGAGCGUCAUCAUCAACCGACGUAAGGCGGAGGCCCGGGCGCAUGCUCCUGCUCUCCUUCCGGGAUAAGAUACGGCGGGGGCGCGUUGCCCGCGGCCGGCGCCGGCGCCUCGCUCGUAUGCGGAGGCGGGGGCCGCUCGUGCCCGUGCGGGCGGCGGUGCCUAUCGUCCUCCGCGGGCGGGCCGACAUACGUCGCGUUCGACGUCCCGAUCUCCGCCCCGCCCGCCCCCGCCCCCGCCGCCACCGGCGACCCCACGGGCAGCACCGCGACGCCGACCUCGCCCCCGUGCGUGCGAAACUCCGAGUCGAUCGACGGCGGCGGGUCGGACGGGUCGUCCAUCGGUGGGGGCGGGGGCGGCGGGGCGGCGUCGCCGUCGCCGCCGUCCACCCCGUCGCCGCCGCUGCUGCCGAGCGCGGCGAUCGCGAGCUGCGGCGGCACGUGCGCGAGCGCGGCGAGCUCGCUCACGUCCGGGUCCGCGCGCGCCUGCUCGAUCGUCGGCGGCGGGCUCGCGCCGCGCUCCCCCGCGAUCUCGGGCGCGUGCCCGUCGAACUCGUCCGCGGCGGUGAAGCCGAACAGCUCGCCUUCGCCGGGGAACGCCAGCUCGCUGCCGAGUUGGUGUAACGAUUGCUG